UUAAAUUAUAUUAUUUUCUCCGUUAUUAGCAUGAUAACACUUUGCAAAUUCAUACAGGAUUUAGAAUUUCACAUUAUGAUUUAGAGUUUCACAAAAGAAAGCGGUCGACGAGCAAGUAAAUAUGGCUGACAAUCUGGCAAUGUACAUUGAACGCAUUUGCGAAUCGUGAUCUUCGAUUCGUACACUUUGGUUGUUAGUUAGUUUCUCCGCGAUUUUCUCACGCGUCAGCAGCGUUUGUUUUUCCAUACUAGUAAACGAAUAAUAAUUUUCAUUCGACGCUUGUCAAUGUACAACGAUUAAGCGACGGGUGACGAAAUAAAGAUAACAUUUUGAAUGUUUUAACGAACGUUCCGGAAGGUGGUUCAACGCGUAACUUAAACUUUCGGCACAGAAGGUCCUGUUUUUUGACAAAGUACUUAUUGUAAAAGUAAAAGUAAAAUUAAUUAAGUAUGACUGAGGAACAUCAGUUGCCUUCUGACUCCGAUGAAGAUGAUGAAGAUUAUGUUCCUGAUGGCGCAGACAGCGAGCCUGUGUCUGAAGUAGAGUCUGAAGGUGAUGCAGAGAGUGGUCCUGAGGACGAAAAUGAUGAAAACAAAAGAGAAGUUACAAAGAAAAAAGGGAGAAAAAAGAAUAAAGCUAUAAAGUCUAAAAUUAAGAAGCGUAGAAGAACAAAAAGGAGAGUGGAGAUUGAUGAGAAGGUAGAAGAGGAAGGGGAAGAGGAAGAAGAGCCCAAAGGGAAGAAACAAUUGACCGAAGAAGAGGAGAAAGAAAGAGCUGAUUCUCUCUGGGCUGAUUUUAUGAAGGAUACAGCAACGGCACCUAAAUCCCACCCGCAAAGCACAACAAAUAAAUCAAAAGAGAAAUCACCGCCCAUAGAAAAGUCAAAAGUAGAAGAGAAAGUGAAGAUAACCAAGGUAUUUGAAUUUGCUGGCGAGGAGGUAAAAGUAGAGAAGGAAGUCUCGGUUGAUUCAGUAGAAGCAAGACUAUCGCUGUCCUCUGCUGAGAACUCUGAGAAAAUGGGAAAUUCUGGUCCUCCUGCAGGGAGAGGAUCUGGAAGAGGCAGAGGUUUUAAAAAGGCUGGUUUAGGAGGUAUUUCUUCUGUCCUUGGUCAAUUAGGAAAAAAGGCAAAAAUUAGUACAUUAGAAAAGUCCAAAUUAGACUGGGACAAUUAUAAGAAGCAAGAGAAUUUGGAGGAAGAAAUUAGCACUCACAACAAAGGAAAAGAUGGAUACUUAGAACGUCAAGAUUUCCUACAAAGAGCAGAUUUGCGACAAUUUGAAAUUGAAAAGCAGUUGCGUAAUGCAAAUAGACGCAGUACACGGUGAAUUUAUAUUUUCAUAUGUACACAUAUUUCUUCCUUAAUAACCAGAACCAGGAAAGGUAUUGAGAUGAAUAUCGUAUUAGACUUGCCAGUUGUCGGCGCUUAUAGCACAUAUUUAAUCAAAUUCUUCAAACUCUUAUUAAAUCUCAUGCCAUAUGUAAAAAUGUGAUUGCCUUGGUUGGCUUGACAAUCAGCUGGAUUUGUUUAAGAAGCGGUUGAGAGCCAAUUCUGUGAGAAGAGACUGAUCAUUCCAAUGUAUUGAAGAUAAUAUAAUAUGUUACGUAAUAGUUUAAUUUACCAUCUGCGAGCUUCGUCUCGAUCCGUUAUAUCACAGAACUUCGCAUCGAAGCAGGAUGUUUGAAGCUUGGUGCUUCGGAAACCGAAUAUUCUAACAAUAAACAAGCUCCAGAGAUGUUUUUAUUCCGUUUCAAUGGAGAAAGAUGGAUGAUUGAUGCAGUAUAAAUAGUGUAGGUAUUUAAUAAACUGUCGUUUGAAUGGCUAAUAUGUAUAAGUAUUCGAGUAUAUAUGGCUUAAAAGUAAUCACGAUAUUUUUCUCCUUCAUUUACGAUCACUGCCUUGUGCGAGUCAUCUUGAACAUUUUAUUAUAUUUGUAGACGAGAUACGAUGUAGAAAACGCAGAUUUUUGUAACAGAUGGCAGAUUACAGUAAUCGUUUUAUAUUUUUUCAGCUGUACCUGUUGUUUAUUUGCAAAAUUACGGUAUGACAUAUCUGUAUAGCGUGUCAGAUUUUAGAUUAAUCGAUAGAGAAACAUGCAUCUGAAAAAAAUAUGUCUCCAAAUUUUCAGAGCUCAGGUUUACAGUUUUUAGAAUACGUGUAAGAUAUCUUACAAGACUUCUUUAUGCAUAUGGACUAUUUAAUAUCCUAAAAAUAAAGAUAUACGUUGAUGUUUAAACACUCAUUUCUUUUUUUCUUUACGUAUUGUAUCUUUGACUUCAGUAGCGCAAUUGAAAUCGAAUAAACUGUUUAUUAUUCUUGUUUAUGCUGCAUCCUCUUGGCAAUGUACUUUCUUUUCUUUUUCUUAGCACAAAGUAGAUUUCUUUCUUUUUAGUUUGUUAAACAUUCUAUGAUGAAACGAUCCUCGUUGGAUACUGAUUUCAAUAUCUUCAUACCUUAUUAAUUUAUUCUUCUAUAACUUCAUACUUAUAAUUUACAUUUGCAUUAGUUAAUUAUUAAUUAUUAAGCCGACGAUGUCUCUUUGUCCUGAUGCAAACGAGUGGAUUUUGUCGCACGAUACGACACGGGUAUUUUUCAAUCACUAUUACGUCUAUAACUCUGUGUCGGACAAUGCUGGUGUAUGUUCUGAUGACAUGCCACAGAUUUAUAGUAGUCAAUUCACUUUUGCCUCGAACCUUACGAGUCAUAUAACUUAUGGAUCAAUUCGUCUUAUCUAUGGUUUCUCGUAUAGUUCAGUGUGCUGCUAAAAAAACACGAGAGACACCCAGCACGACAGAACCCGUUCGUACAUAUGCAUCGAGCCUUCGACCAUUUACAUUGAUUUUGUAAGCAAAUACAAACGAAAUAUCAGAAAA